AUGGAAGCCUACUUAGCAGAUCCGAAGCACGUCGUUAUGCUCGAUGGUGGCCUCGGGACAGAGCUAGAGGCGCGUGGCUGCAAUCUUCUCGAUCCCCUCUGGUCCGGUGAAGUCCUGCUGAAGUCACCACAGAAGAUCCAGGAUGUGGAGCUGGCGUACCUGCAAGCAGGUGCACGGUGCCUCAUCACAGCCAGCUACCAGAUCACACCAAAGAGCCUCAUGGAGCACCGCCUACUUACCGAGGAGGCCGCUGUGGCCGUUAUCGAAGAGUCAGUGCGCAUUGCGCAGGUCGUGCGGGAGCGGUAUGUGAAAGAGAAUCCCCAAGCUGAACCGGUUUUCGUGGCCGGCUCGGUCGGUCCGUAUGGCGCCUACCUCGCCGACGGAUCUGAAUACCGUGGCGACUACGUCCGAAGUGCAGAGGAGUUUAAAGAAUUUCAUCGUGCUCGUAUUGCAGCGCUUCUCCGCGCCGGCGUAGACGUGCUUGCUAUUGAAACCCAAGCCUCCGCUGCGGAAGUGCACGCUAUUGUGGCGUUGCUGCAAGAGGAACAUCCAAACUGUAGAGCGUGGGUGUCCUUCACGACCUCUCGAACCUCACCGGUGAAGGCAAUCAGCGACGACACCACGUGGGCUGAAAUCAUUCCCUUCCUUGAGAUGUCUCCGCAGGUUGUGGCUGUAGGCGUCAACUGCAUCCCUAUGGCCGAGGCCUCUGCCGUGUUGGCCCAUCUGCACACUCUCACCACGAUGCCGCUUGUUGUGUACACGAACUCGGGGGAGUCCUACAACCCAGCCACUAAAACGUGGCACCCCAUUGCAAUGGCCGAUGGCACAACUUUGAGUUUGGCAGCGCUGGCGCCGGAAUGGGCUUCUCAGGGUGCUCGGAUCAUUGGCGGGUGCUGCCGCACCAGGCCAUCGGACAUCGCCGGGGCCGCGGCAGCUCUCCGCAGCGCCUGCUUCAUCGAGUAG